CCAUGUAUCCGUGUUCAAGUGCAUGUACGUCAUUUUCCGGACGGGAAAGCUUGAUCUACAUUCGCUUUUGUUCUGUGUAUAGUUUUUGAGAAACUUGUUAUAAUGUUUUAAGAAUCCUACGCAAUGGCAGAGGGGAGAUCAGAUGCGGAUGCUAGACGUCCAAUUCAAAGCUUUGUUAUCUUCGAUACGGAAACAACCGGUCUCCCAAAACAAGAACCGAAAAUCACCGAGAUGUGUUUUCUGGGAGUCGGUCGAAAAUACCUUGAAGGGUCAAAAGUGGCCGUGGGCCCGCGGGUGACGAACCAGCUGCUGUUGUGUGUCGACCCUCGUAAACGUCUAGAACCAGAGGCUGCGUCGAUUACAGGUCUGGACAAUGAAACCUUGGCUGACCAGAAACCUUUCGACACAGAUAUGGUUCAGCUGAUGUCAAUCUUUCUCAGUCGUCUGCCGAAACCAGUGUGCCUCGUUGCACACAAUGGCGACUGGUUUGACUACCCACUCCUUGUGUCCGAGCUGCGUCAAGUGAGCGGAAAGCUGCAGGGCGAUCUCCUCUGUGUGGACAGCAUCAAGGCAUUCAAGACACUCGAAAAUCAGGAAGCAGGCAAUGGGCAAAGUCCGGCAAGUAAUAGAGAAGUUCCUCAAGGUGAUGCUGGGCGUUUGUCGUCGACACCGAUUCCAAGGAAACCAUCCUAUAAAUUGGAGGAAGUGUACAGGCGGUGCAUUGGAGAAGCGCCCCCAAUCUGUCAUACAGCAGCAGACGAUUGUUUGACCUUGCUCAAGGUCGUGAGAGAUUUCUCUCCGGGGUUCUUGGAGUGGGCUGACAAAGAAUCGAAAUACUUUAGAAAUAUCCCUCCAAUGUACUAAUGUAUAUAUGUCGUGAUGAAACUUUAAUGAUAGAUACGAGCAGGAUUAUCCCUCAAAUUAAGCAUGUUCUUAGGUUUUCUGUUAUUUACGGAAAUAUUGGAAUGUCAUCAUGCAUUCCUCAGGGCUGCGUUUUUGUUUCCCAUAAAUCUCUUGUUAUUUACAAUAAAGUAGCACACUGUAGUUUCAUAAUUUUGUCAAUAGAAUGUUCAGUUAUGUCAAUGUUUGUAAAAAGUCUUUUCUACAACUUAUUCAUGAUUAUUAGUAUCA